AUGGGAUGCAUCCAGUCAAAGCCCGACCUCCACAGUCGCGUCGACGGACGCAACGGCGACGACGGCGAUGGCGCUGGUGCUGCUGCUUCGACGAAAGAGCGGCGUGGACAGUCCAGAGGAAAGGGUCGAGCCAAGACUGUGAGUAUGCAUGGGAAACCAAAGAAGCGGGACCCGGGCGCGUCUGCAACAGCGGCGGAGGCGGAGGGGAAGGAGGAGCAGGAAGGAGCAAGUGCUAUAACAGAUGGAGCUGCGGAUUUGAAGCAACCCGCGGCAGGUGAUCUACUGCAAGAUCAUGAAUCAGCGGAGGGAGCAGUUGACAGAAAAGUUGACGGAGCAGUUGACGGAGCAGCUGACGGAGCAGCUGAAGGAGCAGCCGCGGCUAGUGUAAGAGACGCUUUGGCAGCAAAGGCGUUACAGGGUGGAGAAGCAACGACGCAGGGGGCAGCGAGGGAAGACGGGUUGGAGAACCAGCGGGACGGUGCUGACGUGGACGCGGAAAAUGGAGAGUUGUUGGGUGGUGGCGGAUUGGACACAGGUGUGUGGGCUGACCCGAUGGACGGUUUGCAAGACGGUGCAGAGGAGUUCAUUUUCGAUCCGGAUGUUCUGGCGAGCUUUGAGGAGGACCUUCGCAGAGAGAGGGAGUAUCAGCAGACGCUAGAGCAGCUGCUGCUGAACCUUCUCCCUGAGCAAGGGACUGGGCUGGAUGGGAACGAGGAGGGCAGGGAAGGGGCUGAUGAGAGUGGGAGUGGAGGGCAGGGGGGGGCAGCAGCUGUGGGUGGUGGUGCUGCUGGUGUAGGGUUGAUCCAUGUUGCUAGUUCGGCUGUUGCAGCACCUGUGGACGGUUCUACUGCUGGUGAUGCCGGCAGCGCUGCUGGUGUGGGCGCUGAAGCUGGUGCUGGCACUGCCACUCGCUCUGAUGCUGUGGGAGCGGGCGCAAAGAGAGUAACAGCAGCAAAUGACGCAACAGCAACCUCUGUCGCCGAUGCCGCAGCCAUUGCCGCCAUUGUGGCAGGUACAUACGAGCAAUCAGGAGGCACGGGCGGGCAUUCAGGUCGCACAGACGAGCCUCCAGAAGGCAGAGCGGAAGGCAGAGCGGAAGGUAGAGCAGAAGGCAGAGCAGAAGGUGCAGGCACUAGAGUGCAUGCGAGUGCAGGCUCUAGAGUGCAUGCGAGUGCAGGCACCCAUGCUGCUAUUACAGCAGCAACAGAAGCAGAAGCAGCAGCAGCAGCAGCAGCAGCAGCAGCAGCAGCAGCAGCAGCAGAAGCAGAGGCGGCAAGGAAGAAGACAGUUGAGGAAGAGAGGAAGGUCGUCAAGGGAGGGCUGGUGGCGAGACUGGCGGCUCAACUGGAAGCAGCCGCCGCUGCUGACGCUGCUGCUGCUGCUGCCAGUGGUGCCGGCGGGGUGCGUGGGAAGUGGGUGGCUGCAGUUGUGGCCUCUGCCAAUGCAGCUGACGCUGAGCAGGGAGCAAGCGCUGCAGAAGGAGAGGCGGCAGCUGGAGCAGCAGCAGGAGAUGCAGGGAAAGAGGCGGGUGCAGCAACACAAGGGGAGGAGGCAGUAGAGAUGAAGGAACCAGUGAUUGAAGCAAAGCUCGUUGCUCCCCCUGGACCCCCACCUCCUCCUCCCCGGUCCCAGCUGCUAGAAAGUUUCGACAAGCGCUGCCCGCCGGGCGGGCGGGAUUCAGUGGUGGUGUAUACCACCACACUUCGGGCAGUGAGGAAAACUUUUGAGGACUGCGUCAAAGUGAAGAACGUGCUGCAGGCUCUGCGAGUGGUGUACGAGGAGCGGGACAUCUCCAUGCGUGUCUCGUACCGGCAAGAGCUCAAAACGCUCAUGGCACCCGGCGCCGCGUCCUCAGCAGCAGCAGCAGCCGCCGGCUCCGUUCCCCGGCUCUUCAUCUGCGGGCGCUACAUCGGCGAUGCCGAUACUGUGCUUCAGAUGUAUGAUGAUUACUUUCUUGCUGAGUUAAUCCAAGGGUUGCCGACCACGGAUGAUGAUGCAGGGAAGACAGGGUGUGGGACGUGUGGUGGUAGCAAGAUGGUUACGUGCCGACAGUGUGGUGGUAACCACAAGGUGGUGACGAGUUAUGGCAUGCGGAUAUGCUCGCAUUGUGAUGACUCUGGGCAUGUGCCAUGCCACACCUGCGGAGGUGGGUAA